AUGCAUACCUCAGGCAUGAAGCUCACCACCCUCUUCCUCUCCCUUAUGCUCGCCAGCAGCGCCCUUGGUGCCCCCGUGCCUCCUGCCAGUAGUAUUCCUGGCGUCGGCAACACGCCUACACUCGGUAGUCCUCCUGUUGACAAACUCGCACCUGGUACCACGGACAAGCUCAAUGCCGGCUUGCAGGGGGAUGUAGGGCAGCCAGAGGCAAAACCUGACCACCUUGCUGACGCAACCGAUGCCGCAGCGGUGGGCGAUGCUGGCCCGGCGAAGAAACUUCAUCCCCGCCAAGGAGGUGGUCACACCUCUCCCUUAGGCGGCAGCGACCCCACCGGCGGCAUCACUGGCAGCGACCCCACUGGCGGCAUCACUGGCAGCGAUCCCACUGGUCUCACUGGCAGUCUCACUGGCAGUCUCACCGGCAAGCGCUCCGCUGGUCCUCCGUCGCUUGAUCACGCAGGCAUAACUCAUGAGAUCAACCGUGCCGCUACACACUCUAGCGGAAAUUCCAAGCGCUCGCCUGUGGAGCCUAUUCCUGGCAUCAAUGUUGGGGAAAACGCCAACGUCCCUUCCGUGGAUGGUGUCAAGAAGACUUUGGAGGGUGUUAAUACGCCCACAAAACGCGAGGAGAAGAAGUGUGUGAAGGGCCUUGACGUGACGCACAACGCCGCCGGGUGCACCGACGAGAUUACUGGAAAGGUCGACCUCAACAAGGUCAACGAUGUUAACGGUGUCGCGAAGGGCGCCACUUCCGGCGAGACGGAGGCACCCAAGACGGAGGCACCCAAGGCUGGCACUGAAACGGUCACUGGCAGUGAUUUGGGCUCUGAGUUUGUGCCUUCUGCGGAUAGCGUGACUGCUUCUCCUACAGAUGUCAAGUCUCCCGCAAAGGAUGCGAAGGCCCCCACGACGGGCGAUGUUACCGGCGCGGAUGCUGUUUCUGGCUUGGCAUCGGGUUUUGUCCCCCGUGAUGAGACAGUUAAGAAACUUGUUGACACCCCCCUCGGUGCCACGACGGUUCCCGUUUAG